CUUCCGGAUCUUGAAUGUCCUAAACCGGUGUCCUCAAACGAUACUGGGGCCAAGAAAUAAUGAUGGUGCCUUGUUAGGGGCUUUAUUUUUGGCUUAUCAGACACGGCAUCAGAUAAACGACUUCGGGAAUUUUCAGCUUUGGGCGUACGUAUUUGCACAGAUGAAAAGCUGUUUCCCAGGCCUCAUAAGAGAUUGAGAUUAAGAAAGAGAAAGAAGACCGACCGAUCUGAAGAAGCUCCUCACCCGUCAGAUCAAACCGCUGCGGCGCUGCCUCGGUCCCGGGAUACAGAAGACAAACCGAAACUCCACAUCACAGGAUUUAUAAGAUUUAACGCAAGCACUACUUUAAAGUACACAGACAUCGCAGAGACCUACAGAAAGACUCAGAAAUGAGGACGGUGGUGUUCUAGAAGCGCACGCUCAUCCAUGCACCUCGGAGGAAGAAGAACGGCCUCAUGGGACACCAUGCGGUCUUAAAAUGGUCUCAAGCGCCCAUGCGUCACCGCUACUUGGAGUUUUUGAGGUCGGAUGCAGACGGAUCACGUUUGUUUAUGAUGCGUGCAGACACGGUAUUUUGGUGAAUGAAGAUUGGUUAAACAACUCUGGCACGUUACCAUGUGGCCACUUUUAUCAAAGUCACUUUGGAGUGGAAAUGUAGGACACAAGACAUCAAGGGCUGUAUUUUAUAUUUUCUACUCGUAGUCGUUUCUUAGACAAACUGUUUUGGGUGGAAUCAGGACUCUUAUUGAGAUUGCCGUAAAGUCACUUUUUAUCGUCUCUCUCAUGCUUUUAUUUUGUUAUUGUAUAGCAAAUGUUUGAUGACACAUCUGCUGUGAUACUCAUAGCGAUUACUGUAUGAAUGUUUUUAUCCGCUGCUUUCCUUACAGAGAGAUUAAAUUUCACUUGAUGUUCCUUUAAUCAACCAAAUCUUGUUACAUUCAAGCCAUAUGAAUUUAUAUUUGAUGAAACUAAAGAGGUAUUUUUGUAAAAAGUCAUGAAUUUAGUCUGUUUUUAUGCAUUGAUGUAAGUAAAGGGUCUCACUGUAAUAUUUUACGUUUUGAUUUUACGUGCACGUACGUACGCUGUUUUUCACGUCUGUUCUGUAAAAGUUCUUGUCACCAUGGCUACACACCAUCCUCACUUAAGUGGGAGACAGAUUUCUGUUUCUCUCUGACCCCAUUCCCUUGGUUUUUGACGCCUCCAAAUGCCUGUUGGUCUCAGUUUUGCCGGGGCUCUCGGGGACCCCUCCUCGUCCCGCCCGUUCCGGCCCAGUCGCUACGUGCCCGUGUCGGCAGCAACGGCCUUCCUUGUGGGAACCACGACCCUCUUCCUCUGUUUCACGUGUCCGUGGCUAUCGGAGAGAUUCUCCUCCUUGAUUCCUCUCUAUAAUGCUGUGGUCUUCCUCUUUACGCUGGCAAAUUUCUUUAUGGCCACGUUCAUGGAUCCAGGCGUCUUUCCCAGAGCUGAGGAAGAUGAGGAUAAAGAGGAUGAUUUCCGAGCUCCGCUAUAUAAGACGGUGGAGGUGAAGGGCAUUCAGGUGCGCAUGAAAUGGUGCUCGACGUGUCGCUUUUACAGACCACCGCGCUGUUCGCACUGCUCUGUGUGUGACAAUUGUGUAGAGGAGUUUGAUCAUCACUGCCCAUGGGUGAACAACUGCAUCGGGAGACGAAACUAUCGUUAUUUUUUUCUCUUUCUUCUCUCUCUCACUAUUCAUAUCAUGGAUGUGUUUGGCUUCAGUAUGCUUUAUAUUCUUCAUCACACUAAACAGCUGGAUCAGAUUCACUUUGGAGUCACUAUGGCAGUGAUGUGUGUUGCUGGUUUAUUCUUUGUUCCAGUCGCAGGACUCACUGGCUUUCACAUUGUUCUCGUAUCAAGAGGGAGAACCACCAAUGAACAGGUGACUGGAAAGUUCAGGGGUGGUGUUAACCCUUUCACACACGGAUGUUUAAAAAAUAUUGCACGCAUGCUUUGUAGCUCCCAGGCUCCCAGGUAUCUGGGAAGGUUGAGAGAGCCUCAUUCUGUUCAGGUUCAGCCCCCGUUUCUGCAUCCACCUUUAUCUGAAGCUCAACUAGAAGCUAAAGCCCUGGAUAAUGGCAUCCAGCAGUCUAAAAGUAGUCUGGAUAUAAUGGAGAGUCAGUCAACUGAUGUUGACGCCCCUCCACCACCUAAACCUGAGCACAGAUACCCUGGACUGCCUCAUACACAGAAUGAAGAGUGCAGCUUGCUGACUGAAGCUCCACCCACACCCUCAUUAUAUAAAUACAGACCCGCCCACAGCAGUCCAGGCAAAAACCACACGUCCUCAACACAUUCAAGCAAAAUGAGCCGAGGCAACAGUAUGACCGAAUCUCCCUCGGUCCCCGUCACCGGCGUGCAGCCCAGCUACCGAUCGGACCCCAGUCUAUCGAGUCGGGGGGGUGCGGGGUGCCGUGGGGGAGGGGAGGGGGCUAGAGCAGGCUCGGGGGGUCUGGGUGGGACCUCCGGGUUCGGCGGGCGUUCGUAUCCUUCCUUCACAGACACCUUCCUCCAAUCGGCGGCAGCCUCUUGCUCUUCCAGCCUUCGCUCCGCCCAUACGGCGCACAACGCCCUCGGUCCGCUUAUCUCCGAGGGUACCACCUCCACUAGCUAUAAAAGCUUAGCCAAUCAGACGCGCAACGGCAGCUUGUCUUACGAAAGUCUGCCGACGCCCUCCGAAAGCCCAGAGUUCGAGUCUGCUGCUCACGAGCUGUCCUCACCCAGACCAAACCCUCCACGUAGUCUUAGCGCAGCACCAGGGGCUCCGCCUCUUUCGGGGUACACGUCCCCGUUCCUGUCUGCUCAGCAGAGGGAAGGUUCUCUCCAGGCCUGCCCUGCCCCCCUAAGACCCUCCCCUAACAGAACUUUCCUGCACCCGACAAGCCCACCCCCUUCUCGCGCUCCGCCCCUUUCUCCGCGCGCUCGCUCCCUGGGCUCCCCUCCUUCCGGCCCCGCCCCUGGCCAUACACCUCUGGGCAAAUCGCUGUCCUACGUAGGUGGUGCCGAAUUACAACACCGCCCAGUUGGUUCAGGGGGCGAGACUCCGUUGAUGAAGCCAUAAGGAUGACUCUGUUUCUGUGCUAAGCUCGACUUUUAAACAAAACGUGGCCACCCAUCUGCACAAACCUGCAGGAGGGGUGAAGAAAGUGAGCGGUGUUGGAGGAACCACCUAUGAGAUUUCAGUAUGAAAGAUCUCAAGCUAUAAUCUCGUUCAGAUGGAUGUACGGCUGCUCAACCACACAUGCAAAAAAUAAAAAAAUAAAGACUUCAGGAGACAAAUCCUAAGUGAUAUUCAGUCAUCGGCCACUGUGGAGGACAUCAUGGACCGGUUAGCAUUUUGUUUUGUGAAUAUCAAUAUGGUACAGACAUUUUUUGGUUAUUUAAGGAAUCAUUUGGUACAACUGUAAACAAUGAACAUUUAGCCUCGAUAGGCGGGACCACGUGAGACACUCGGUCAUGAUCAGCGACUGACGUCUCAUUGACUUCAACAGAAACCACAGGCCUCUCGACACACAGCCAGCAGGCGUUUCACAACCCUCUGUCCCAAAAAUUAAUAUUGUUGUUGUUCCAAACCUCGAUGACUUUUUAGUGUAAGACAAAAUGAGCUGUUUUAAAGAAUCCACGAGCUGCUAACAACAGCAUGAAAGAGUUGAAGUGCAGGCAAAGGAUGAAUGCUUGUUGUUAUGUAAGGUGGCUGCAUCAGCCUGAUGGUCAACACAUGACAAUAAGAGUGAAUGUAUCUACAGACUACAGCACAAGGCUUAUUUUCUUAUCUUAAAUCCUAAAAACGUUGUUUGCAAGAUAAGUAACUUGUGUCGGCUUGUCUAAUCGGGAGCCAUCCUCUCCUGACACGAGCUCAGCCAAUCAAAAGAGAGUUUAUUUAUUUAGCCAGAUGAUGUCAUUGUUCUGGUUGCCUGCAAGUAUUUACUGGAUGAUGCACAAUCAUGAUGAUGGGUACAUUGAUUUAUUAAAUGUUUUUUUCUUUUAUGCUCUUUUAUUUUUUUUAACUGGACAUUGGUUACAAUAAAUUGCCAAAGUUCAGACAA